CCUUUUCCCCUACUUGUAACGGCAUUCGUGUUUUCCCUAAUCAUCUCUAUCACAUAACUUUCCUCCAAUAGUUAACUACUCUUUCUAGUAUUUCAUUCCCUUAGAUACCAUACUUUUGUUUAACCAAAAAAACAAAAAAGGUAAAAAGAAAGCAUGACAAUGGCCAUUGAUUGUAUGGUAACAAGAAUCAAGUCACCCAUGACACAAACAUCCAAAGAAAAAUUCACAGAAGAUGAGAAAAGACCACUGAUUUUCGACUCCUCCGUGCUAAAACAUGAGUUCAAUAUUCCUAGACAAUUCAUAUGGCCAGACCACGAGAAGCCUUGUGCUGAGGCACCUGAACUUGAUGUCCCACUAAUCGAUUUAGGAGCUUUCCUUUCUGGCGACCCAAUUGCAGCUAAGAAAGUAUGUACACUCGUUGAUGAAGCAUGCAGGAACCACGGUUUCUUUCUCGUGGUGAACCAUGGAGUUGACACUAACCUUAUUUCACUUGCACAUAGUUAUAUGGAUAUGUUCUUUGAAUUGCCACUUUCUGAUAAGCAAAAGGCUCAAAGGAAGAGAGGAGAGCAUUGUGGUUAUGCUAGUAGCUUUACUGAAAGGUUUUCAUCUAAGCUACCUUGGAAAGAAACACUCUCUUUUCCAUAUUCUGCCGAAGAAGGCUCGUCAGACAUGGUUGACGAGUACUUCCUCAAGACAAUGGGUAAAAAUUUUUGCCAUAUCGGGAACGUUUACCAAGAAUACUGCAAUGCCAUGAGCACACUCUCUUCUGGAAUCAUGGAACUCUUGGGAGUGAGCCUGGGUGUGAGCCAGAACCAUUUCAAACAGUUCUUUGAAGAAAAUGAAUCCAUAAUGAGACUCAACUAUUACCCACCAUGCCUAAAACCAGACCUCACCUUAGGAACUGGACCACACUGUGAUCCAACAUCAUUAACCAUCCUUCAUCAAGACAGUGUUGCUGGGCUUCAAGUUUUCAUGGAAAACCAAUGGCGCUCCAUUAGUCCUAAUCUCAGCGCUUUUGUCGUUAACAUAGGCGACACUUUUAUGGCACUUUCAAAUGGAAGGUACAAAAGUUGCUUACACAGAGCAGUAGUAAACAACAAAACACCUAGGAAAUCUCUUGCUUUUUUUCUUUGCCCUAAGAAGGAUAAGGUGGUGAGUCCACCAACAGAAUUGGUGGACUCCAAUAAUCCUAGAAUAUAUCCUGAUUUCACAUGGCCUACACUCCUUGGGUUUACACAGAAGCAUUAUAGAGCUGAUAUGAACACCCUCCAAUUCUUCUCCAAUUGGCUUCAACAAAGAACUCCAGAGAUUUAAGGCCUUAGUCUUUUGUUUAAAGUUCAGUAUGCACGAUAGUAUAUAUUUCUUACGGUAUUAAAUAGUUGACUUACGAAAUCAAGCAACUC